CUGCGUCACAGGGGAUGGUGCCAGCCACAGAGGGAGUGUGCAGUGUGUGAAUAACAUGGCGUGCUUUAGCAGGGGCGUCAUCCUCUUCCUGCUGGCGGUGUUACUGUGCACCGACGCCGCGCUGGAUUUGGAGGAGAGGCAGAAGGAGGAAGAAGCACGACAGGCAGUAAAGAAUCAUGGGAGAGCAGAUGCAGCUGGAGAUAAACCCGACCCUCCUCCAGACUUGACACUGGUUCCUUCGGGGCCAUCCAUCAUGCUGGUGAUGUGGGGGGAAUCCUCCAGUGCUGAUGUAGACCACUACUAUGUGUAUGUGGAGGACGAGGACAUGAACGAUACAACUACUCGUACUCAUAACUUCUAUAUGUGGGAAGGUCUCGAAGACUGCACGAUCUACACUUUCGGAGUGAAGACUGUGUUAUCAAGCGGAGUCAUGAGUGACCCAGCCUUGGCCGACGGAGAGACUGAUGCCGGCUACCCGCCAGAGCCACAAGGACUCCGCGUGGGGAAUUAUACCUAUAACGCGGUGACGCUGGUGUGGGAGAAGCCUGCCACACUGUGUGACAUCGUACAGUACAGAGUGACCUACCAGAACAAUGGAUCCCUGCCCAAGGAUACUCUGGUGGACGAGACAACAGUGGAAGUGUCACAACUGAAGCCAGAAACACUCUACACCUUCAGCGUGUCCGCUUAUACAUCACUGGGGCAAGGACCUGCCGCUUCCAUUACCCAGACCACAAUGGCAGUUCCCGGCCCUCCUCAGGACCUCGUCGCCGAGGGAGUCAGUUCCUCUGCCAUCAAUGUCAGCUGGUCUCCACCUGUCGUGACACCAGAAAACUAUUACGUCUCUGUGGAAAUCGCUGGUAUAUAUGAGAAGAGAGUUUUCGACACCCAGUACUUGGUUGAGAACCUGAAACCAUGCAAGACAUAUGAGAUCAUCGUCAGUUCCUAUUACAUCGAGACGGGCGAAAGUUUCCCAGCGAAGGUCCUGGGUGAAACAAAGGGCGACCUUCCGUCGGCGCCCACAGACUGUUCAGUUCAAGCAUAUAAAAGCUACAUCUCCGUAACUUGGCAAAAACCCUCAAGCUACUGCGCCCUGGGACCUUACAGCGUGGACUGGACGGUGAAAAAGUUAUGGGGAGAUGGAGAGGAGAAAAGCUACAACGAAACCAUCAUCGGACUCUCCCACUCGAUUUUUGACCCGCCGCCCUACCACAGCUACACCUUCGAGAUCGCUGCCUCCGUUGACGGCAUCUUCGGCGACUCCACCUCGUGCAGUGGCAACUCCCUCGAUACAAAUCCGGGGCCACCGGUGCUCGUGUCCGUGGUGGCGGAGGCGAAGGGUGAAUUGCGAGUCACGUGGGAGCCUCCUGUCGAGGAGAAUGGACAAAUUAUUGAGUACGGAAUAUUUGUAGAUAGUUCAACCAACUUUAUGAAGAAUGUGAGCGGGGAGGUGCACACCACGACCGUCAUUCUGAAGGAAUGUGUCAGUGUCUCCCUCUCUGUGGCGGCUCGUAACCACGCUGACAAGGAUGACGGGUGGGGGCAGCGGUCUGAGGAAAAGGAGGUGAUUCCCCCUGGCGAUGUGUUGCCAGAUUCUGUAGAAUGCUACAAUUCCGCGCGUUAUGUGCAGGCGUGUUGGCUUCCUUACAACAAAUACUGUCCAGUGUCGCAGUACAACCUCCAGUGGGAAGGAAAGGUGCUCUGGUCACCUGGCACCACAGACUCAAACAGCACGACGCUAGAUUGGAGCUCAGAGAAGUUUUGCUACAACAUUUCUUCGAUUCCCUACACAAAUUAUAGAGUUAGUCUCAGUGUGGGCACGAAUACGGAGAAAUCUGUAACCUGCUCCUCCACAAGUCCCAUGGCAGCUCCUGGACCGCCGACGCUGGAGGAGAUUCAGGCAGAGAACCUGACAAUCAACGUCACCUGGAAAGAACCUCAACAGAAGAAUGGAAUCAUUAGUAAUUAUCGAGUGGAAUGGACGGACUGGGAUGGUAACACUGACUCUAAAGUCACAGACGGGAGCACGUAUUCUUAUCAAAUAAUGUUAAACUCGUGUGGCGGGGAGGUAGAUGUGAUAGUGAGUGCGAAGACUUCUGAUGUUGAAGGAUUUGGAGAGAGAUCCCAGCCAGGAAGGGCUUUCCUCGUGAACUCAAUCUCGCACUUGUCAUGUAAUGCCAUUGCGCCAGACGAGGUAGCACUGAGCUGGGAGCUCCAGGAUUCGAAAUGUUCGGUCGACUAUUACAACGUUACGUGGAGCUUCAAUUCGCUUUGGUCUGAUGACAAAGGCUCGGGCUUUCUCUCUGUUAACGGGAAUGAUUUAUCCACCACUGUGGGAAAUCUGAUCCCUUACUCUGAGAUAUCGGUGGCGGUCCACGUCAGUAACUCUCCGCAAGCAGAAGAUUGCAGCACCAUAACGCAGGAGGAAACCUCUGGUCCUCCAACAAACUUACAUCAAACAGCUAAUGACUCUAAUUCUGCAACGGUUGAAUGGUCAGAA